AUGGAGACAACUGAGAGUCCUUACGAUUACUACGACUUCGAGGAGUCUGAGAACUCCACCAUGUGUGACUAUUCAGAGUGGACGCCAUCGUACUCUGUCAUCCCGGUGCUUUACAUGCUCAUCUUCAUCCUGGGCCUCUCUGGAAACGGGGUGGUCAUCUUCACCGUGUGGAGGGCUCAAGGCAAGCGUCGAGUUGCCGACAUCUACAUUGGCAAUCUGGCCCUGGCCGACCUCACCUUCGUGGUGACUCUGCCUCUGUGGGCCGUCUACACGGCCAUGCACUACCACUGGCCCUUCGGAGUGGCCCUGUGCAAGAUCAGCAGCUAUGUGGUGCUCCUCAACAUGUAUGCCAGCGUCUUCUGCCUCACCUGCAUGAGCUUCGACCGAUACCUGGCCAUCGUCCACUCCCUGUCCAGCACCCAACUGCGCACCCGUAACCACAUUCAAGCCUCGCUGACAGCCAUCUGGCUGCUCUCCGGCCUCCUGGCUGCUCCGACUCUCGUCUUUCGCACAACCACACACGACUUUGAAAACAACCGCACAUCCUGUGCCAUGGACUUCACCCCGGUUGUGACAAAGAAGGAUCAGGAGCACCUGUGGAUCGCCGGUCUCAGCCUCUCCUCUUCAGCUCUUGGCUUUCUUCUUCCGUUCUUAGCGAUGAUGGUGUGCUACUGCUUCAUCGGCUGCACCGUCACCCACCACUUCAUCACGCUGCGGAAAGAGGACCAACGCAAGAGGAGGCUGCUGAAGAUCAUCACCACACUUGUGGUGGUGUUUGCUGCCUGCUGGUUGCCCUUCCACAUAGUGAAGAGCGCCGAUGCCCUGUCAUACCUGAACCUGUUCCCCGUCACCUGCAACUUCCUGCGCUUCCUGCUGCUGGCUCAUCCCUACGCCACGUGCUGGGCCUACGUCAACAGCUGCCUCAACCCCUUCCUUUACGCCUUCUUUGACCAGCGCUUCAGAUCCCAGUGUCUGUGCCUCCUCAGACAGGAGAAAUUCCUGCAUGCCAGCCCCCACAGCUCGCUGUCCUCGCAGAAGACGGAGGCUCAGUCUUUGGCCACAAAGGUGUGACUACAGCUGGGGGCAUGUUGUGGAGGAGGCGAACGAUGCAGAACCGCGCAGGUGAAACAAAACAUUGCGAUAUGAGGUGCCUGCUCGGUCAGUUUCAGAGUGUCACUUCUUGACUCCAUGAACGGAAUGGGACUAAUGGCAUCGGGGGUAGAAUCACUCAGAAACUCUUUCCUCACUUGAGAGGCAGAAACUGAGCAACGUAAACUUUUUCAGCACGCAGGGGAAAAAUGGUGGACUGUGAAUUUCUCUUGGUUCUCCUGUGAACGUGAUGCAAAGUAUUGAACAUGUGAUCUUGUUUUUACGAGUGAGCUCUCGAAGUGCCAUCUCGACCGCAGACUCUGCAGAGCAGACCAGUAUAUGCAAUGCAGCUGGCAGUGUUACUGUGGGUGCAAGUGAAGAAGGGGUGUGCCAUUUA